AUAUCAAUUUUGAUGAAUUGGUCAGCAGUACGCUUUACAGGUCAAACAGUUUCUGGUAUUCCAAUCUUCUUCAUCAGCCUCCUUCUCCCCAAGAUCGGCUCUCGGCGCCGUCAUGGCAUCGUUCGGCGGCAACAAUCUUAUAACGUCCAAUCACUUGAGACAUGUGGAGUCCAUGUCUACUCUGCCUUCUGGGGCUGGAAAGGUUUCUCAUUUGAAUGCUGUCAUACUGGGGGAAGCUCUUGCAUCCGAGGAAAAUGACCUCGUUUUCCCCAGCGAACAAUUCUCCAGCCAGGCCCUCGUUCCUUCUCCUCAAAAGUACCUGGAGAUGUAUACGAGGUCGAUUCAAGAUCCUGCCGGAUUCUGGUCAGACAUUGCGUCCCAGUUUUGUUGGAAGCAGAAAUGGGGGGAGAAAGUUCACUCCGAGAAUCUGGAUGUCCGGAAUGGCAAUAUCAAGAUUGAGUGGUUCAAAGGUGGUAUAACCAACAUUUGCUACAACUGUGUUGAUAGAAACGUGGAAGCUGGGCUGGGUGACAAAAUCGCCCUUUACUGGGAAGGGAAUGAGCCUGGCUUUGAUGACACUUUGACUUACUCCCAGCUGCUCCACGGAGUUUGCCAGCUUGCAAAUUACUUGAAGGAUAUUGGUGUUAAAAAGGGUGAUGCUGUCGUGAUUUAUUUGCCUAUGUUAAUGGAACUUCCCAUUGCUAUGCUUGCGUGUGCCCGAAUUGGUGCUGUUCACUCGGUUGUAUUUGCCGGAUUCUCUGCAGAAUCUCUUGCUCAACGAAUUGUGGACUGCAAACCCAAAGUUGUCAUUACUUGCAAUGCUGUUAAAAGAGGUCCUAAGAUCAUCAACCUUAAGGACAUUGUUGAUGCUGCCCUCAUUGAGUCUGCCAAGAAUGGGAUAUCAGUAGAUGUAUGCCUAACCUACGAAAACCCAUCAGCUAUGAAGAGGGAAAGCACCAAUUGGCAGGAAGGAAGGGAUGUAUGGUGGUUGGAUGUUGUCCCAAAAUAUCCAUCCACUUGUGAAGUUGAGUGGGUUGAUGCAGAAGAUCCUCUUUUCCUACUUUAUACUAGUGGGAGUACUGGAAAACCAAAGGGUGUUCUCCACACAACUGGAGGAUAUAUGGUGUACACAGCUACAACAUUUAAGUAUGCAUUUGACUACAAACCAUCUGAUGUAUACUGGUGUACAGCUGAUUGUGGUUGGAUUACUGGGCAUAGUUAUGUGACAUAUGGGCCCUUGCUUAAUGGAGCAACUGUUGUUGUUUUCGAGGGGGCUCCAAAUUAUCCUGAUCCAGGGCGAUGUUGGGACAUUGUUGACAAAUACAAGGUGACCGUAUUCUACACUGCCCCCACGUUGGUGCGGUCUCUCAUGCGCGAUGGAGAUGAGCAUGUUACUUGCUACUCUCGCAAGUCCCUGCGGGUCCUUGGAAGUGUUGGUGAGCCUAUUAAUCCAAGUGCAUGGAGGUGGUUUUUUAAUGUAGUUGGGGACUCUAGGUGUCCUAUAUCUGAUACCUGGUGGCAGACAGAAACUGGUGGCUUCAUGAUUACUCCUCUACCUGGUGCCUGGCCACAAAAGCCUGGUUCAGCUACCUUUCCUUUCUUUGGAGUACAGCCUGUCAUAGUUGACGAGAAAGGAGUUGAGAUUGAAGGUGAGUGCAGUGGGUAUCUAUGUGUGAAAGGUUCGUGGCCUGGAGCAUUUCGAACUCUUUAUGGUGACCAUGAGAGAUAUGAGACAACAUACUUCAAGCCAUUUCCUGGAUAUUAUUUCACUGGUGAUGGCUGCAGCAGGGACAAGGAUGGCUACCACUGGCUGACUGGAAGAGUUGAUGAUGUUAUCAAUGUUAGUGGACAUCGUAUUGGAACAGCAGAGGUGGAAUCUGCUCUGGUCUCUCAUCCCCAAUGUGCAGAAGCUGCUGUGGUUGGUGUUGAGCAUGAGGUUAAAGGACAAGGAAUAUAUGCCUUCGUCACUCUUGUGGAGGGUGUUCCCUACAGUGAAGAACUCCGGAAAAGUCUUAUGCUCACAGUGAGAAAACAGAUAGGAGCUUUUGCUGCACCAGACAAGAUACAUUGGGCACCUGGCCUUCCAAAAACUAGGAGUGGAAAGAUAAUGAGGAGGAUUCUAAGGAAAAUUGCUUCCAAGCAGUUAGAUGAGUUGGGAGAUACAAGCACACUUGCAGAUCCAAGUGUUGUCGACCAGCUUAUUGCACUUGCUGAUUGCUGAAACUUGUAGAACUUGCUUUAGGCAAUGGCUGGUCAUCUCCAGUUUGAAGGGCAUGAUUGAUCAAAAUAGUUGCUCUUUAUUCAUUCAGGGACCAAAACAAAAUGAAGUGGAUGUGAAAUGAAACAAUUAAUUUGGUUGACAUAGAUAUUAUGGAUAUUAAUGCAACAAAUAAGGAGAUUGUCAUAAAACCAGCAGUCCUUC